GUAGACAGCUCCAAGUUUACCAGCUAAUUGCGCUUUCGGAGGGGAUAAGUCCAAACCCAACCAGCCCCUUCUAAAAAGCACAUACCAUUCAAUCCUUCAUCUUUCGCUGGUUUGUGGCAUACCGAAAUUGUCGGAACUUCGCAUCGGUCGUGGCUUUCGGUAUAAAUGUGCACUUGGAUUAUGACUUUCUUUCGACUGCAUAUGAUAUCAAUUGUUUUCAAGCGACGUAAUCGACAGGAGAUUCCAGUCGUUUGAGGUCCACAUCAGAGCGUAGAGCGACGUGCCAAUUCUUUGUUGUUGCAUCUUAAACCGUCGGGAGGUGGAAUCCGGGAGUCAGAAUGCAGUCGUUUUAUAUUCUAACUGGUUUCGCUUCGGUGACUGCCCGGUGCCAGCGCUGCCUUCUUCUGGGCGACUUGAGUUUGAUCAAUUAGACGGAAAGCAGGACAUGGACUUCAACUUAAUUUAGCGCUCUGCUCAUCUGUUUCGCACAGGUGGGCGAAUUGGCAGUCGAUUCACACUACGAGGCUUCAUUAAUUGCGAAUUGAGCUUGUACCAUUUUGUUAGCUCUCGAUUGUUGUAUUUUAUAUAAGCUAAACCUAUCCCAGCGCCGCGUUUCUGAUGAGUGUACGUGUGGGGUUUUUUUCGUUCUUAAUGUGCUGCAAUAGCAUUGUCACAGAUACUCCCGUCGCUUAAAACAUCUGGGUGCAUGAAAAGCAAUGCUGUGUAACUCCUGGGUGUAGGCUAGUGCUCUAAAGCGAACUUCAAACCAGCAGGACGGGCUGCGUAUGGCUGCACCGCUUCCCAAGUCGUGUGAUAUCAAAUGGAACAUGGUGUGAUUCGCAGCAAAAUUAUCUCCACAGAAAAUGCGUACAAGCUUGGUCUUGUUUUGUAAUGAGUAAGCUACCACUGAAGUACAACUAAAUGACAUACCGAAUGCCAAGGAGGCUGGGUAAUGUUUGAAAAAAGAUAGCUACCUGUGGAUUUCUCCAAACCCAACCCACACAACAUUUAAAAAACGCCUCUGUGAACAGACUAUAAAGCCUGUACAAUUGACAAACCCUCUUCCUGAAAUAACCGACCGCAAUCUGUUCCUAUUCUUCAAUUUUUUGAGUGUGCAAAAGGUAGCCGACUGGUCGCAAUGGAAGUGGACCCAGAGGAGAUGGACUGCAAUCACCCUGUACCCUUUGAGGUUUUCGCGAGCAGAUCCACCUUGCAUGGCCUCUCGCACAUGUUCACCUACGAGCGGAUCUGCAUUAAGCGCUGUCUGUGGAUUCUGUUCUUUUUGGGAUCCGCGAGUUUCCUGGUUUGCGUGUGCGUGGACCGCGUACAGUAUUACUUCGAGUACCCACACGUCACUAAACUGGACGAGGUGUCGGCUCCGUUGAUGAUCUUCCCUGCGAUUACCUUCUGCAACCUGAACUCCUUCCGUUUCAGCCGUGUGACGCGCAAUGACCUGUACCACUCCGGGGAGCUGCUGGCGCUGCUGAACAGAAGGUACGAGAUCCGCGACCCACACCUGGUGGAGGAGAGUGUUCUGGAGACGCUGAAGGUCAAAGCCGACUUCCACAACUUCAAGCCCCGGCCCUUCAACAUGUUCGAGUUCUACGACCGCACCGGUCACGACAUCAAAGACAUGCUGCUGGCCUGCCACUACCGGGGGUUGGAGUGCGGGGCGGAGAACUUCGACGUGAUCUUCACCCGCUACGGAAAGUGCUACACCUUCAACUCGGGGAAGGACGGCCGGCCGCUGCUGGUGACCAUGAAGGGCGGCAUGGGGAACGGCCUGGAGAUCAUGCUGGACAUCCAGCAGGACGAGUACCUGCCCGUGUGGGGCGAGACCGAUGAGACGUCGUUCGAGGCGGGCAUCAAGGUGCAGAUCCACAACCAGGACGAGCCCCCCUUCAUCGACCAGCUCGGCUUCGGCGUGGCUCCGGGGUUCCAGACCUUCGUGUCCUGCCAGGAGCAGAGGCUGACAUACCUGCCACCACCCUGGGGUGACUGUAAGGACACGCCAAUGGACUCUGACUUCUUCAGCACCUACAGCAUCACAGCCUGUCGCAUUGACUGCGAGACGCGCUACCUGGUGGAGAACUGCAACUGCCGCAUGGUGCACAUGCCCGGAGACGCUCCGUACUGCACCCCCGAGCAGUACAAAGAGUGUGCCGAUCCCGCCCUGGACUUCCUGGUAGAGAAGGAUAAUGAUUACUGCGUGUGUGAGACUCCGUGUAACAUGACGCGUUACGGUAAAGAGCUGUCUUUCGUCCGGAUCCCCAGCAAGGCCUCAGCCAAGUACCUGGCCAAGAAGUUCAACAAGUCUGAGCAGUACAUCUCGGAUAACAUCCUUGUGCUGGAUAUCUUCUUUGAAGCGUUGAAUUACGAGACCAUCGAGCAGAAGAAAGCAUACGAGAUCGCAGGGCUCCUGGGUGACAUUGGAGGCCAGAUGGGCCUGUUCAUUGGAGCCAGCAUUCUAACUAUCCUGGAGCUGUUUGACUAUCUAUACGAGGUGAUUAAGUUCAGGCUGUGCCGCGGCAACAGAAAGAAGAAUAAACGGAGCAGCAACAGUGACCGGGGUGCAGUCCUGAGCCUGGAUGACGUUAAACGCCACGCUCCGUGUGAAAACAUUCGAGCGCCGUCUACAUACUCCGCAAACUUGCUACCUCACCACCCUGCGCAGGGAAACUUUGAGGACUUCACCUGCUGAGCCAAUCACAGAGGAGCAUGGAGGCGGAGCCUUGUAGCCCGUGCUACCAAAGUCAGCAACUCCCAACAAGAACUUUCACAAAGGAAAUGUAUGCUAUCGGAACAGAUUUGAACGGGUCUUUCUGUUUUUCUUAUCUUUUUUUAAUGGAGUAUUUGCUUUUCCAUUUCACGUGGAUACAAAACUGAAUAUCCACCACAAACAAAAAUUAAGUAGAAACGAUGACAAAAGUCAAGUAGAAAACCUCAUCUGGAAGUACGUUAGAAGAGCCCAGACCUAUUCAAAGGAGGAACUAUUACCUCCGAUCACAUGCUACACACUCAGAAGAGAUUCUUUUUGAGGUCUGGCUGCAAAAGCGUAAAAGGGAAAGGUUGUCGUUGAACAGACACUUGCGUGAGCGACAGAGCUUUUCUUACCAACAUCCCUUGCCUUUACAGCAGCAACAAAAACUUCUCCAGAACUGUGUGGUUCUUUGGGACAGUACAGCAGAAAAAAGCAUUGCAUUCUCCACUGUUCAUGUAGCAGUAUCCUUAUCUGCCCCAGCCUCCACAGGGGGCCUAAGCAGGUGUCCGUGUAUUUCUCAUAAGACAGUGUCUCCUCUUUGGGUUAAAACAGCAGCCAGGAUUAGAGUAAACCCAAGGGAAAGAGGUACUGGGGGUAUAGGUUGGGUGGGGGGGGGGGGGGUUUAGGUGUAGAGACUUCCACCAUUUUAGGGAGCAGAGGUUUAGCUUAGUGUGUGGUGAACUUCAGGUAUCAUCCUGUAAAAGCAUGCUUGUACUCGUCUUCGUGUGCAUGUGCGGUCAUUUCAGCUGCCACAUCUGGGGAGGGAAGUGCUACUUCAUCACGCUUCAUUUUAUCGCAUCCCUUUAUUUUUCCAUUUUGUGUUUUUUACUGUUGUUGUUGUUGUUGUUGUUGUGUGUGUGAUUGUGCGUGUGAUUGUGUGUGAUUGUGUGUGUGUGUGAGUGUGUGAUUGUGUGUGUGAGUGUUUCAGAAUGAGGGGCUGCUCAUUUAUCAGUUCAUUUCUGGAGGGGGAGGGGUUUGGGGAAUGUGUUUCUCCUCGUACAGAUCCAUUUGAAUGUCCAUUCCUUAAGACGGGGACCUUUAUGUAACUGUGUUAUAGUCGCAAACGUCAUAUCAAAGCACAAAAAUAACACCAAUAUGUAAAGGUGAAAAUACUAUGAAGACUAUGAUUAUUAUUCUGAUUGCUAUUGCCAUUAUAAUUACCAUGUAUCAUUAUUAUUCGCAUUAUUAUUAUUACUCGAUAAAUGACAUUUAUUUGUUUUUCUACUACAAGAGCAUACAUAUUGCCUGAUCAUCCAGUCUCCAUCAUUUCAGAUACCAGGCUGUUCUAUUUAUCUAACAAGAUUAAAAAAAUAAAUAAAAUUAUGAAUAUCCA